GGUCGCUAAAAUGAUGCGGCAGACACUUUAAAGUGACGCCCGUGGUCACGGUACACGGGUAACGUGAGUUUGUUAAUCGGUAAUAAAAUAACAAUAAUAAACUUAGGGUUUAUUUAUCAAUAAUAUCGAUUAUUUGAAGCAAUAAUUGGUUCUGAGAUCCUCAGCUAGAGGGCGUAUUUUAAAUGUUUACUUUUAAAUACCGGGUUUAAUAAAAGAUAAAUAUAAAUUUGAAUAUAAAUAUAAAUAAAAAAUAAUAUAACGUUGAAUGAACGGGAACGAGUGUGGAAUUAUCAACGACGCCUGCGUGUCUAUGCGCGUGUGCUUUGACAGUUUGUGCUUCUCGUCGACGCAGCAAAGGCUCGCCGACGAGGAAGACGCAUUUCAACUUCAGUCAAACGGUACAGCAACAGUUGUCUCUUCAACAUCAACGUCUUCGUCCAGUUCUCCGACGUCUACCUCUCCGACUACUGUGACAACGGUCACUGCUGGUCUCAAUUCAACCACAAUCACGGCAUCAGCCUGCAGCGAAGCUCUAGGGGCUCAGGUCGGACCAGGUCAGGUCCUGAUCCGAGCCACUACGCCCCCCAACAACAUGAUGCCCCAAAAUAACAACACCAUGGACUCACUACGGGAGCUCCAGGAGCUGCUCCGAAUCAAGGACGAGAAGAUAUCCCAGCUUGAGGCGACACUCAAUAAAAAGGACAACGAAAUCCAGGACCUUAGGAGCCACCUGGACAAAUUUAUCAGCAUAAUGUCCAUCAAAUCGCCACUGACACCCACCAAAUCCCGGCCCAGGAAGCAGAGGGCUCAGGGUAUCUCCGCAGAACCUCCACUUCACCAGCUAACGCCUCUCAAGUUCUACGACAAGAGCGACAGAUCCCGAGAGCUCAUAAAGGCGGCGAUUCUGGACAAUGAUUUUAUGAAAAAUCUCGAACUGACCCAAAUCAGGGAAAUUGUUGACUGCAUGUAUCCAGUGAGUUUUCCUGCCGGAGCGAUAAUUAUUCAGGAAGGAGAUGUCGGAUCAAUUGUUUAUGUUAUGGAGGAGGGAAAAGUCGAAGUCUCGAGAGAUGGAAAGUAUCUUAGUACUCUGGCACCGGUUAAGGUGUUGGGAGAAUUGGCUAUUCUGUAUAAUUGCAAGAGAACAGCAACUAUUACUGCGGCAACGGACUGUCAAUUAUGGGCGAUUGAUAGACAAUGUUUCCAGACUAUUAUGAUGAGAACUGGAUUGUCCAGACAAGCUGAAUAUACCGAUUUCUUAAAAAGUGUGCCCAUAUUCAAAAACUUACCAGAAGAAACUUUAUCAAAAAUAUCCGAUGUCCUGGAAGAGACCUUUUAUAAUAACGGCGACUACAUAAUCCGUCAAGGAGCGCGGGGCGACACUUUCUUCAUAAUAAGUCGCGGUCAGGUACGCGUGACAAUAAAACAACCGGAUACAACAAAUGAAAAGUACAUCAGGACACUUGGCAAAGGGGAUUUCUUCGGCGAGAAGGCAUUGCAAGGCGAUGAUUUGAGAACCGCAAAUAUAAUAGCCGAUGAUCCUGACGGUGUCAGCUGUCUCGUAAUUGACAGAGAGACCUUCAAUCAAUUAAUAUCCUCACUAGAUGAAAUCAGGACCCGCUAUAAGGACGAAUUAGUCGAGCGCAGAAGAUUGAAUGAAGAAUUCCGCGACUUACGUUUACAAGACUUGCGUUCAAUAGCGACACUGGGCGUCGGUGGAUUCGGACGAGUCGAAUUAGUCCAGAUGGCCGGUGAUAAUAAUCGAUCAUUUGCCUUGAAGCAGAUGAAGAAGUCGCAGAUCGUCGAGACUCGUCAGCAGCAGCACAUUAUGUCAGAAAAACGAAUAAUGGGCGAAGCUGAUUGUGAUUUUAUCGUUAAAUUAUUCAAGACUUUCAAGGACCGGAAGUAUCUGUACAUGCUGAUGGAGGCCUGUUUGGGCGGGGAAUUGUGGACGAUUUUACGUGACAAGGGACACUUUGAUGACAGCACUACCAGGUUUUAUACUGCGUGUGUUGUCGAAGCGUUCGAUUAUUUGCACUCGCGGAAUAUCAUCUACCGGGAUUUGAAACCGGAAAAUUUAUUACUAGAUAGUCAAGGUUACGUCAAAUUAGUGGACUUUGGGUUCGCAAAACGUCUGGAUCAUGGCAAGAAAACUUGGACCUUCUGCGGGACACCGGAAUACGUCGCGCCGGAAGUUAUUUUAAAUAGAGGGCAUGAUAUUUCAGCGGAUUACUGGUCCCUGGGAGUUCUGAUGUUUGAAUUGUUGACUGGAACUCCUCCGUUUACGGGAGCAGACCCCAUGAAAACUUACAAUAUAAUUUUGAAGGGAAUCGACGCCAUUGGGUUCCCGAGAACCAUCACCCGGAAUGCGACCAAUUUAAUUAAGAAAUUGUGCAGAGAUAAUCCGGCAGAGCGGUUGGGUUACCAGAAAGGCGGGAUCAGCGAAAUUCAAAAACACAAAUGGUUCGACGGCUUUAAUUGGGAAGGAUUAAGAGCAAGGACACUAGAGCCUCCAAUAAUGCCGCGUGUCCAAAACCCAACAGACACCGCAAACUUUGACGAGUACCCGCCAGAUUCGGACCCGCCACCACCCGAUGACGUCACCGGAUGGGACAACGAUUUUUAAUUGUUAUUAUUAUCAUUAUAUUUAUUAUUAUUAUAAUUAAUUACGUCUUCCAAAUCAAAAUCUUAUCACUUCCAAUUUUAAAUUUAAAAAAAAAUAAUAGUAAUUAAUAAUAAUGAUAAUAAUUUGUAUAGUUACCAGUAAUAUAAAAUAAUGGAAAUUAAAAAUGAAAUUUAAUAGGAAUAAACUUAAAAAAAAUAUAACUAGAUAAUUUUUAAAUAAUUAGAUAGAAAAAAAAAAUAAAAGGGCCUGUGAUAAAAAAAAAAAAAAAAACUGAAAUUAGGCCAAGAAUUUAAUAUUAAAUGUUUGUUGAUUUGAUAUUUAAUCAAUCGAUGUUGGAUUAAUUAAUUAAUUAAUUACUUAGUGAUUUAAUGAGUGAGUGAAUUUUAAAGUGAGAACGAUUUUUUUUUUUUUAUUUUCGGAAAUUUUUUAAUUAAAAAUUUGGUGUUUAAUUAUUAGUGCCAGUGUCACGUGCCAUUGUAAUUAAAAUAAAUCAAAAGAGUGCUUUUAAUUUUUUAAAAAUAUUUAAUAAUUUGAAGAAAAAAAAAAAAAAAAAAAGUUUAAAUUCUUGCCAGAUAAAUAAAUAUUUAAA